GCUGUGUUUGUGGAACUAGAAAGAAAUGGAGGGAGAAGAAAGAGAAGGGAGAAAGUUCUCUCUACAUGCACCUCUGAUCCAAAUAUUAGGGGAAAAUGAUGAAGCUGUGAUUAUUGUUAAUGAUGAUGAAGGGAGAAUCAAUGGAGAAGGUACAAUAAUAAGAAAGAAAAUUUUUGAAGAAGUGAAGAAGCAGCUAUGGCUAGCAGGGCCUCUGGUAACUGUAAGUCUCUUAUGGUACUCUUUACAGAUGAUAUCCAUAAUGUUUGUUGGGCACCUUGGUGAGCUACCUCUCUCCGGUGCUUCAAUGGCCACUUCGUUUGCAACAGUCACUGGUUUUAGCUUGCUGAUGGGAAUGGCAAGUGCGUUAGAUACACUGUGCGGACAGUCAUAUGGGGCAAAGCAGUAUCAUAUGCUGGGGAUACACAUGCAAAGAGCCAUGUUUGUUCUUGUUCUUGUUACCAUACCUCUAGCCAUAAUUUGGGCAAACACCAGAUCCAUUCUAGUUCUUCUAGGCCAAGAUCAUGACAUUGCUAAGGAAGCAGGAAUAUAUGCUCGUUUCAUGAUUCCCAGCCUUUUCGCAUACAGUCUCCUUCAGUCUCUUAGCAGAUUUUUGCAAACACAGAGCAUUGUUUACCCAAUGAUGUUAUUUUCAGGAAUCACAACUCUGCUUCACAUUCCUGUUUGUUGGGUUCUGGUGUUCAAAUCUGGCCUCGAAAUUAGAGGUGCUGCCUUGGCAAAUGUAAUAUCCUAUUGGGUGAAUGUAUUUUUGUUGGUAUGUUAUGUCAAGUUUUCUCCUUCCUGCACUAAAACCUGGACAGGAUUUUCAAAGGACGCACUGCAUAACAUCCUCAAUUUUCUUCGUCUUGCUGUUCCAUCAGCUGUUAUGGUCUGCUUGGAGAUGUGGUCAUUUGAAAUGAUGGUCCUUGUAUCUGGACUUCUCCCUAAUCCAGAGCUACAAACUUCUGUUCUCUCUAUCUGCCUCAAUACCGCCAGUACUGUUUGGAUGAUCCCCUUUGGACUAAGUGGUGCAGUAAGCACACGAGUUUCGAAUGAAUUAGGAGCAGGGCAUCCAGAUGCUGCAUGUUUAGCAGUUUGUGUUGUCCUACUUAUCGGCAUUACUGAGGGCAUUUUGGUAGGAUUAGUCCUGAUUUUGAUCCGGAACAUAUGGGGUUAUGCUUAUAGCAAUGAGAUAAAAGUUGUUGAAUAUGUAGCAGUCAUGAUGCCAAUUCUAGCAGCUUCUAACUUCUUGGACGGACUUCAAUGUGUUCUUUCAGGCACUGUAAGAGGGUGUGGAUUGCAGAAAAUUGGUGCAUAUAUCAAUUUAGGAUCAUAUUACUUGGUGGGGAUUCCUUGUGCUAUUGUUUUAGCUUUCGUACUUCACGUUGGCGGAAAGGGGCUCUGGCUGGGGAUCAUCUGUGCGCUUGUUGUUCAAGUAACUUCUCUUAUAAUCAUUCUUGCACGCACUAACUGGGAGCAAGAGGCAAAGAAAGCUAUGGAGAGAGUCCACAACUCUACUGUCCCUGUGGAUCCUGUGUCAUGAAGCUGACUCUCAAACUAUAGCUGUUUUAGACUAAUCUUAAUGUUGACAUAAGCCGAGACAGAAAAUAAAUUUCUGAUUAAUAUUUUUCCGAAGUAAUGGAAGUUUGUUCCUGAGACUGGUUAAUGUUUAGCGAGAAUCAGAAAGUUGUAUGCACUUUUAGAAGACUUUUCUUGGAAAACUUUGACCGGAACUCAGUUGUGUAGCACUAUACAGAGAGUUUUACACUAACUCUCAAAAAAUAGUCUGUUUUCAC